AUGGACAGUAUGUUGGACAAUACGGGGAUGGCAUGUACAGCAGUAAAAGGAAACAAUGAGAAUGAGAAUGAUCUGGAUCUCAGUACUGUUAUGGUACGUGACAAGCGUGACAUACCGCUAGAAGGGAAAUCGGACACAUAUGUGUAUAACGUAGGAGCGAGUGUGCAGGGUGUAGGCAGGAGAGAUGGGAGGAAUGAGGGCGUGCAGUCGUUGAAAGAAAACAAGCUGCUGCCAAAUAAGAGAGUGCAAAAUAAUGCCGAGGAUACGUGGGGUAGUGCGCUGUAUGUAGACUGGCUGGCUGGUUCAGAUGAUAAGGGCAACGGGACACCGCAGAAGCCGUUCCGAACUUUCAGUAAGGGUAUUAGGAAUAGCCAAGAAGGGGGGGUGAUAUAUGCAACAGUGGGGGACUACGAGGAAGGGGAGACAUUGAGUGUGGACAUAAGUGUGCGCAUUAGGGGAGGCAUGAAGAAAG